CCAAUAAAGGCUACACAAUGCCUUUGCAACACCAAAACAAAUUCCAUUAACACUGCUGCCAGCAACAUGUUAAUGGUAACCUUUUUAAUAUCUUCACCUGUGGUUAUGGCAUGCUGAUUGACAGCUUGUAUUGCAAGUCAUGUCAGUCACCUAAAAGUCACCCAGCCAAUGAAAAUGGAAGGAUAGGUACUAUACAAUCAAGGGCUUUCCCAAGAGCAUUGCAUAGUGCAUUCUGGCGAAGAGGUGGGGGUACUGUCUAGAAACCCACCACAUCUAAAAACACAGAGCUGUGUCUCAGGGAAACAAAGCAGUCCGCUCUGAGCAUCUUUGCACUUCAUUGCUUCUCUUAUCACUGCUUCACUGCUUCUCCCUGAUCUCCACAGACGUGGCUUUUCUGUUUUUUUACUCUGAAUUCACUUUGCAAGAAGCAAGAGAAAAGGCUCAUUCACUAUUCAUCUAAAGACGGCUUAGAAUCUGUUGAAUGCGAUGGGUAAGCAGAACAGCAAGCUGGCCCCAGAAAUACUGGAUGACCUUGUGAGGACCACCGAGUUCAGUGAAGCAGAGCUAAAGCAAUGGUACAAGGGCUUCCUUAAGGAUUGUCCCUCUGGAAUCCUUAACUUGGAUGAGUUCCAGCAGCUGUAUGUAAAGUUCUUCCCAUAUGGAGAUGCUUCAAAGUUUGCACAGCAUGCCUUUCGAACAUUUGACAAAAACGGAGAUGGGACCAUUGACUUUCGAGAAUUUAUCUGUGCCCUAUCCAUUACUUCAAGGGGUAGCUUUGAUCAGAAGCUAAGCUGGGCUUUCAACAUGUAUGACCUAGAUGGAGAUGGGAAGAUCAGUCGGAUGGAGAUGCUUGAAAUUAUUGAGGCAAUCUAUAAGAUGGUUGGCACUGUGCUAAUGAUGAGAAUGAAUGAGGACGGCCUGACAGCACAGCAGCGUGUUGACAAGAUCUUCAGCAAAAUGGACAAGGACAAGAAUGACGAGAUCACACUGGAUGAGUUUAAGGAAGCAGCUAAAAGUGAUCCAUCCAUUGUGCUGCUCCUACAGUGUGAUAUUCAGAAAUAAGCAAACCACCUUAAAUUAACCUCAGCAGCAUCAUGACGUGCAGCACACAAACACUUGCUAUUUAGCCCUUGAUCGGACUGCACAUCUAGAUAACAAAAUCCACCUUUAAUCAAACCUUGACUGGAUGUCCCACCACGAUGCAUUAUCUAAUAUUACUUAACAGUACGUGGUGCUACCUGCAGUAGGAAUUAAGAGCUAUUGUUGCAUAUCACUCAUUAAGAAAUUAUUAUAAAUUCACUUCUGCCUAUAAACCAGGCACACAGCAUGACGAAUUUGAAAAUAACUGCGGCUAGGGAUAAACAAUUGACAGUGCUCAAUAUAUAAAUGUAAUUACCUGCUAAUAUGAUGUCCCACUGCAAUAUAUGGUAGUGCUUGAUAAAGAACAAUGAUAACACAGCUAGCUUCUUUGCCAAAUGCUGACUGACUACUGAUAAGAUUAUAGGCAGCCAGAAAUGAUUAACAAAGUAAUACACUGAUUUUACAGUCAGAAAAAUAAUAUGAUGCAUAGUUAAUUUAUUUACUUUUAAUUGUAAUGUUCAUUUCC